AUGUCAGAGCCUUCUCAGUGCUGCAUCUGUCUGGAUGACUUCACCAGACCUGCAUCCCUCCCCUGUGGACACCGCUUCUGCCUUGGCUGUAUAGGUGACUUCUGGAGGGUCCAUGGGUCCUGUCAGUGCCCCCUCUGCAAGGCCUUUUACCCCACCAGGCCACAGCUUGAAACAAACCACACUCUACAUUUUGUUUCCCAAACUGAGGAAGAAACUGUGCCUUUAAAAUCUGGAGAGGUCCUGUGUGAUUUCUGCCCAGCAAAGCACAGAGCAGUCAAAUCAUGCUUGGAGUGCAUGGCGUCAUAUUGUGCCACUCAUCUGGAGCCACAUUACCAGGACGAAGAUCUUGGGCGCCAUCUUCUGCUCAGUGUGGUGAAGAACAUGGAGGACUCUGUUUGUAAAAUGCAUGGGAAGCGGUUGAACAGGUUCUGUCGGAGUGAUCGAACAUGCAUUUGUGCCAUGUGUGCCCAGACAGAUCACAGGGGACAUCACAUUAUUUCAAUCAACAAGGAAGCGGCAAUCAAGAAGGUCAAACUAAAAUGGAGAAAGCUCAAACUUCAGCAAGGGAUACAAGAUAGACUAAGCACAAUUGAAAACACCAAGCCCUCUGCAGAUCUCUGUGAGGAGAAACUGAGAGAAGCAUGGGCAGAAAACACAGAGCUCAUCAAACAACUGGAGGAAGAAAUCUCAGAGCUGGAGAGGAGAAACUCUGAACUGGAGUCGCUCUUAUUGAUUGAAGACAAUCUUCAUUUCCUACAGAGAUUUCUACACACGUCAACAUAAUCAAUGGGCAAACGUGUCAAGGACUUGUCAAGAUAUUGAUC